AGUACAUUAGUUAAUGAUUCUCUUGAAAUAUUGCCAAAUCAAGGUUUGGAACUUCCCAAAGAUUAAAGGAGAAUUUUAAAAGCACCUUAUAAAAAGCGACUUAUAGACAGCAAUAAUAAAAAUGAGUGGGCUCCAGAAUGCCAACCCAGAAAUCUAUGAGAGUGUUGGCGAUAGAACUGUCACUGAUGAAGAAAAAAAUGAAGAGGUUUAUGAUUGUUUCGAUGCUAGAGAAAUUUUUGAUUUAAUCCGUUAUAUCAACGAUCCUGAACAUCCUUUAACAUUAGAGCAACUAAACGUGGUGGAAGAAAAAAAUAUACAAAUAGACGACACGCAAAACUCACUACAGGUCUACUUUACCCCUACCAUUCCGCAUUGUAGUAUGGCAACAUUAAUUGGGCUUUCCAUACGUGUUCUUUUACUUUGUUCGUUACCUUCAAGGUUUAAGGUUGACGUUAUGAUUUCGCCAGGAACCCAUGUUUCAGAGACAGCUGGGUUGGUUAUUGGAAAAAGGUGGACUGAUGUCACAGCUACCCAAUGAUACUUGCUGGAACUC